UGUGAUCAAAAUAUAGGAAGCUUCAUUGCUAUUCAUCUCUCUUUCUAUCUAUCUAUUUCCAUAUGCAUAUAAAGUAUUUGAUAAAAGUCCAAGCUUAGUUUUAUAUAUAUAAGAGAGAAGAGGAAGAGGGACAAGGAAGGAACAUAGCAUAGGUGAGAGAUGAAGAGGAAAAGGGAUAUGGAGAAGAAGAGUUCAGAGAUAAGCUCUGCCAUUGAAGAGUUAUCUAUGAUGGUUGUUAUUAAACCUUCUGCAGUUGGAGGGAAUCAUGAACAUCAUGAAGAUGGUGCUUCUGCUACAGAACAAAUCCCCACAAAGCCUUUUCUAUCUAUAUGUCACUUGGUUCUACAAGUUCUUGAUAAGAUAGGGCCAACCAUGGCUGUCUUGAGACAAGACAUUCACCAGAAUAUUAAGAGAUUGGAAUUGAUGUAUGAAUCAAACCCAUCAUUGAAUUCAAAUUUGGUUGAGAUGUUGAAAUUAGAAGCUAGUAAAGGCACUGCAAGGAAGAGGUGUAGUUGUAGUAAAGCCCUUGUUUGGCUCACAAGAUCCCUUGAUUUUGCCAUGGCUCUGUUACAGUCACUUGCAAAAGAUCCUAACAAGAGUAUGGAACAAGUAGUUGAAGAAUCUUAUGCUGCAACUUUGACUCCAUGGCAUGGAUGGAUUUCCUCAGCUGCUUUUAGAGUGGCUAUAAAACUAGUCCCAGAUCGCAAAACUUUCAUGAAUCUCCUUAGAGAAAAAGAUGAAACUUGUGAGGCCCUAAAGGAGAAAAUGCAGAUGUUGGUUUCUUUGCUUGUUCCUUUUCUUGAAGAUAUCCAUUGUAUUCUAAAAGUGUAUAACUUGGACAGGCUGAAGUCAACCUGAAGUCAAAUAAGAAUCAAGAAUCCAUGUAUAGUUUAUCUUUAUCAUGUAAAUGGCUUGUACAGUGAAAUUUGUAUCCAAACAACUCUGUAGUUGCAAGUUUGCAAAAGGCUGAUUAGCAUAGAAAGUUUUAACAAAUUAUACAUCAAAGUUUUGUUAGUUGAGUUUGAAUCCCAAUCUAUUUGCUUGGUGGAUCCAAUUUAAGGCUAUGCUACGUCCAAAAGGGGCAAACUUGAUUAGUUUAAAUGAUACGUGUCAAAAUUUGUACACACAAGAGAAGAGUGAAUUGUCUUAUUUAAGGCUGUGUUUGGUUGCUGUC